UGGAGUGGCUGUGUGCAAAUGGACCACGCCUCUGCCACUCCAGCUGUCAGUACUGCGAGAGGGGUGUGAGAGCUAGGUAUUGACUCCAUUCAUCCAUCCCCCACCUAAAUCCCUACGCUGUUAAACAACCCCGACUUUGCUGGGGUUUCACGUGCAGCGGUGCUGCGCAGAGAAGUCACCUUUCUCCAUCCUCACCCCAAGCCAAGCGCCCCUAGCUCAGACAACGUCGCCUCACUCCAGAGUGCAUGCUAAGGCUCCCAAGAACUGGCAGGCGGGGCGGGCGUCCGGCGUUUUUUGAAGCACUCAGGUUGACCUCUUGCCUUGCACAAAAGCCCUGUCUCUUCUCGGAGCCAGCUGUCCCUCGCCGCUGGAAACGGUGCCUCUUAGCAGCAUGGCCACAGGGCUCAGCCUCGAAGAUCCUCUGCUGCCGAUCACGCUGUCCACCCAACAGACCACGCUACUGCUGCUCUUCUCGGUGCUGGCCGCUGUCCACGUGGGCCAGUGGCUGCUGAGGCAACGGCGGCAGCAGCCAGGGUCCUCGCCCCCGGGUCCCUUUGCGUGGCCGCUGAUCGGAAACGCCGCAGCAAUGGGCCCUGCACCGCACCUCUCAUUCGCGCGCCUAGCGAAGCGCUAUGGUGACGUCUUCCAAAUCCACCUGGGCAGCUGCCCAGUGGUGGUGCUGAACGGCGAGCGCGCCAUCCGCCAGGCCUUGGUACAGCAGGGCGCUACCUUCGCCGACCGCCCGUCCUUCACUUCUUUCCGCGUGGUGUCCGGCGGGCGCAGCUUGGCUUUCGGCCAGUACUCGGAGCGCUGGAAGGCACAGCGGCGCUUGGCGCACAGCGCUAUGCGCGCCUUCCUUUCGCACCGGCUCCGCAGCCGCCGCGUCCUUGAGGGCCACGUGCUGGGCGAGGCGCGCGAGUUGGUGGAGCUGCUGGUGCGCGGCAGCGCAGGAGGCGCCUUUCUGGACCCGCGGCCGCUGACCCUGGUGGCGGUGGCCAAUGUCAUAUGCGCCGCGUGCUUCGGCUGUCGCUACAGCCACGAGGACACCGAGUUCCGCGAGCUGCUCAGCCACAACGAGCAGUUCGGGCGCACAGUGGGCGCGGGCAGCCUCGUAGACGUGCUGCCCUGGCUGCAGCGCUUCCCUAACCCUGUACGCACCGCCUUCCGAGAAUUCAAGCAGCUUAACCGCAACUUCAGCAACUUUAUCAUGGACAAGUUCCUGAGGCACCGAGAAAGUUUUCGUCCGGGAGCCGACCCCCGUGACGUGAUGGACGCCUGCAUCCUCUCGGUAGAAAAGGAAGCGGCUGAGAAGUCGGGCGACAGCAGCGCGCGGCUGGAAAUGGACUACGUACCGUCUACUGUCACCGACAUCUUCGGCGCCAGCCAAGACACUCUCUCCACCGCGCUGCAGUGGCUGCUCAUCCUUUUCAUCAGGUACCCCGACGUGCUGGCUCGGGUGCAGGCGGAAUUGGAUCGCGUGGUGGGCCGAGACCGUCUGCCCUGCCUGGAGGACCAGCCCAGACUGCCCUACGUUAUGGCCUUUCUUUACGAAGCCAUGCGCUUCUCCAGCUUUGUGCCGGUCACCAUUCCUCACGCCACCACUGCCAACACGUCUCUUCUGGGCUACCACAUUCCCAAGGACACAGUGGUUUUCAUUAACCAGUGGUCCGUGAAUCAUGACCCAGUGAAAUGGCCUAACCCAGAGGACUUCGAUCCUGCCCGGUUCUUGGACGAGGACGGCGUCAUCAACAAGGACCUGACCAGCAGUGUGAUGAUUUUUUCCGUGGGCAAACGGCGCUGCAUUGGGGAAGAGCUUUCCAAGGUGCAGCUGUUUCUCUUCGCUUCCAUCCUGGCUCACCAGUGCACUUUCAAGGCCAAUCCAGACGAGCCCGCAGACAUGGAUUUUAGUUACGGUCUGACCAUUAAACCCAACUCAUUUAAAAUCAAUGUCACUCUCAGAGAGUCCAUGGAGCUCCUGGACAGGGCUGUCCGAGACUUACAGGCCGAGGAAGGCUGCCAGUGAGAAGACAGAAGCAAGCUGUAAUUUUAGAAGUAUUCAAGUUUUGUGGGGUGGGGACCGAAAUUUUCCAGCUUCUCUGAGCCACUUUCUCAGCCUCUAAAAUGAGCACUAAUCCACCGAGUAGUCUCAGAUGAGCCCUGGGCUGUGCAGGAGCUUGGGGAAGCUCAAAGUCAAAGAGUUUUACGUCAAAGAGUUAAAAGGCCCAAAGAAUUUUUAUACAGACGUCGAAUGCUGGGAAUAAUUUCUCAAGGGAGCAUUCUUUAGAGAUAAAACACAUAUGAGCACACAUGAAGAGCUACCUGAUGAAGAGGUACUUUCAUUACCAGGCUGUUGUGGGUGGGAUCUGAGACUGAUGUUCUGAACAUCAACAGAAAACCACAUUAAGCAAAGUUUCAGAAUAUUGUUGAAUAUGCAAAGGUAAAUAAUUGCAGGGUAAGACAUGGGAUUGAGAGCAAGAAGGGAAAGAUUUGGACCAGAAAUUUCCUUCUCACCUUGUCAAUACAGCAGCUUAGUUAGGCCGUGGUUUCUGUGGAAGAGUCUAUUUUUUUUUUUUGCCUACCUAUAUAUUUUCUUUUACUUCUGUUUGGAUGACUCAUAAUGUCAUUUGCUGGAAAAGAAAUCAGUAGUAGUUGGUUUAGUGAUUAUAGCGCAUUUCAGUGAUUUGUCAUGAAUUUUAAAAUGUCAGCUGUUAAAUUGUAAAACAUUCAAAGCUAUACUGGUUGACAAAAUACAGAAUUUCAAUUAUGGGAACCACUGCCCCCCCCAAAAAAUAAGAUUUACCAGCCCAGCUAAGCUUUAAAUUACCUAAUUGCAAUGCACUAAUUUCAAUACUUUGCAUAGGUUUUUAAAAAAAUCACCAAAUAGAAUUCAAUAUAUGUACAUAUAUAAUUAUUCAUAAGCAAUAUGUAUUAGUUAUUUUAUUAUUAAAUAGUAUUGUUUUGAUCAAGAAAAGGUUGAAUAAUUUAUAUCUUUUAUAAUGUCAUAGCAAAUUGAAAAGUACAGCCAGUUGAACUAAUUUUGGCUCAAAUACAUGAAAUGAAUUAGAUUAAAUCAACUACCAGUUUUUGACAUGGAGACCGAGUUGAAGCAAAGUCUGUCUCUCAUCCAAAACUCAAAUGGCAACUGAAAAAUCUAAAAACUGGGUCUAUAGGAUGUCUUCCUUAUACUUUACAAUAUACUUAUUAAAAUUAUAAAUAUAUAGUUGAUUUAGCUCUUAUGUCAUAACUCCCAACUCUUGGCAUGCUUAAGUUUUAAUUUAAUUUUAAAGACAUUCUGAGUAUCAAGCUCCAGCUGAUUACAGGAAACCUGACCAUUAACCAUUGAAAGGCAGAGAAAUUUCACCUGUGUUUCCUGUGAAUCAUGAACAAUGCAACAAAUUACUUGGAUGUUCUCUUUAUUAGGAAAGAAGAGAGGAAAUUCCUAUUAGAACCAGCUUUUUCUUUUAAGUGAUUUUUUAAAAACCCAGCAUUGCUGUCAGUGUUUUGGAAAGUAAGAAUCAGAAGAAGGUCAGGGGCUGUUCGGGCACUGAAGCUGGUCAGACCAACCAGCUGUUUAAGAUGGCGACCAGCGAGCCGUCGCUUUGGUAACUGUGAAAACAUAAAGCUUGAAAAAAUGUAUACGUUUAGUUUAUGGAAAUAAUCUGGAAACCUUAAAGAAAAUGAUGGAUGAUUGCAAGAGUACCAAGCGAAGUUUAAAGGUUUAACGUUCAUUGCAUGUAAACGUCCAAAGGAAGUUGUUCAGUGGCCUAAAAGCUUACAGCUUGUUUAAUUAAGCUUUUGAAUCCUAUCCAGAAUUAUCAAGGAAGGAGUGUAUUGUGGCUGUGUGUAUGUCGGGGGCGGGGGGCAGGCAGAGGGGCUGUUAAGAGAAGAGAGUGAAAAAGUAAAAAGGAAGAAAGAUGGUUAAACAUGUCCCCACUUAUUCCAAGUUAAUUAAUUUAAAAUAUGAAUAUUUAGAAAAAAGAUGUUUUGUGUGCUGAUAUUAAAUCCCAAGUGGACUGUGGAAAAAUCCACAACAUUUUAGAUCUAUUUUGUAAUUUGAAAUAUUUUCUUAGCAAAAAUUUCACAUAAUUAUAAAAUCUCCUAGCUGUACCUCUUGAAUAUGAAAAAUUGUGCCAGUAUUUUUAAAGGCACUAUAAAGUCAGCUAUAGAAAUAAGGCUUACCAAUACAUUUAAAUUGUUUUUGGCACUGGCAAUUCCAAAGUAUUAUUAUCUACUUCCCUCACCCCUCCAGCAAGGUUGAGACAGCACCGCAGGGCUGCCUUAGCUUACUUAUUCUGGGAGAUGUGGGGCAGCAGAGUACCGUAUUUUGCUGUGUAUAAUGUGCACCCAAGUUUUUGUGCCCAUUAUAUAUGGGAUUAUCGUACCCAUGGUAUGUCAUUAUUAUAUCCAUGUAUAGUUCACAUCCUUAUUUUUCCCUAAAAUAUUUGGAUAAUAACUCUGCAUGAUAUACUGCAAAAUACAUAACCAUUUACCAAUCUGGAUGUCUCAUUAACUCCAUCUGAUCCAGAUGUGCUAUAAUCUGUUUUUAAUGUAGUUUUUGUGUAUGUGCGCUCAGUUAAUCUGGUGCUUUUGGCAAUGAGAAAGCUGUGCGUGUAUAGAAAAAAAUAUGUGCGUGUAUAGGUGAGCAUGUGGAGGUUAGCUGGCUUCUUUAAUAUGUUUAUAGCCUAGUUAAAGGAAGAAAAGCAAAACCAAAAACAAAUAAAAAUAACCAAAUUUGGAGGCUAUAGUAACCACAUUACUGGUUUAAUCAGAAAACCUUUUAUUAUUUCUGCCAGGGAAAGAAUGCAUUUGCUGGUCACCAUUCUAGUCAGACCAUCUACGCCAGGUGAUUGCAAUAAAGUAUAUCAUUUAUUAAAUUCUUCAUUUAUGUAUUAAAGCUUUGACUGUGUAAGAUUGUUUUUUUCCAAAACAAAAAGAUGUCUCAGGUUUGUUUUGUAUGUUAUCUAAAAGCCUUCAUGUCUCAGAACUUAGCCUUUACCUGUGAAAUGUUAUUACAGCCUUAAUAUUUUCAUAUUAGAUCUAUAUUAGAUCAGAUAGUUGCAUAGCAUUAUACAGGGUCCAGCAGAAGUAAUGCCAUUGAAUGUGGUUGGUAGGGCACGUAAAUGUCUCAGAUGAGAUGGACAGCAAUUUGAAUAUUUCACCUAAAAUGUUGUAUGAUGUGCUCGAGUGUGAUAUUGUUAUAUUACAGAAUCACAUGCUGAUGAUUUCAUAAUAAAAGACUUUGAAGGAAUAACUAGGGGCGUUAUUUGUGCCAAACCCUGUAUAUUAAUUCGUGUGUGUUUUAUCUAGGACACUAACGUGUGAUAAAAAGGCAUACUUUAUUAGAUGUUCAUAAUUCAAGGAUAACUUCUUAUUUAACCUUUCCUUAUUUUUGUAUUUUAUCAUGUAUGCUUUUAAUGUGUACAUAGUGACUAUAAUGCAUAAUUGUACCUGAAAUGGAUUUUGGGGACAUGGCAUUAAUAUGUAGCUUUUCCUAUUUGAUAUACCAAAUUAAAAAUUCUGUAUCAGUAAUUACCUAUAAGAAGACACCAUUACCAAAAUAAUAAAAACCACUUUUACGUUCU